AUGAAUAGGGGACCACAAUCGAGGGGAGACAUCCAAUACCAGCGCCUGUGGACGCCGAUCGACCCAUCCGGGCUUAUUCGGAUAUGUUGCGAUGUCAACGAGGCCGAUACACACUCCCAACUCAUCGUGAAUCACGACCCUUCCACAUCGCUCCGCGUUACGUCCAAGCAUGCGGCACUGCGGACAUCCCAUGUAGACAUUGUAUCUACGGGCGAGCGGCUGAGAUUUCCCCCGGCGUCAACCAGGGUGUGCCAGAAGCUGGUUGCAUCAGAGCUCUCCAGUGCCAAUGGAGAUCGCCGUGGUGCCAGAGGGCCUGUCCGACCAAUCACGGAUGAUGGAGGAGCUGGUGAAAAGGCCCAAGAGUCGUCAAACACUGAUGGAAAUGCUGUAGGAGUGGAUGAGGUCAUUGAUGUGCAAGGCAGCGACAGAAGCAACCGGCGUUACGGAGGCGGUAGCGGUAGGCGCCGAAACCGUCACGGCGAUGAAGGGGAUGAGCUGCUGCCCUGUUCUACCCAGGAUCCGUACUCCCCUGCUCCCGAUGUCGACCGUUUGCUGGAUGACAUGGUGACAAACCUUAAGCGGCUUCCGCUCGUACGCAACGAUUGCGAGCAGUGUGCUCGCCAGUGCAAGCUUUCCGAUGUUGCUGACGCCUCUCAGAAUCCAGUGGACCUGAGUGUACCUUGUGCGCAUGCGCUGGGUUUGCGCCAUGCGCCGGACGUUCAAGGCUUUUAUGGUUCGUCUCGUGGCCCUGCGGACAAUUACAUGGAAAUCGAUGCCUCUUGUGGCGAACCGUACUCCCCAGGCGCAAAAAAUCGGCGCCUAGCGCGGCUCACGACGGCAGCGCCUCGUGAUUUGAAUGAUGGUGAGGCCGCCACUUCAGACGACGAUGUGGAGCACCUGCUGACCUACCGGCAGGAAACGGUGGUUGGAGACGCUUACAACUUGGAUUACUCCUCCGAAAAGGAUAUGUCGAAACUGAUGGAGAGCACGAAGGUGGUGGCCCCGCUGCUGGACGCGUUGGACAUGUCGCUUCUGCGGAACGUGAACGCCCGCCUCCGACCACGGGACGGUAACGAGGUUGAUCCGGCGUCCUUGCUGAAUGACUUGACGGAUAUAGGCGGCGAUAAUGGCGGAGGUGACUUUAAUCGGGAUGGACUAGUGGCGCUGACGGGCACCGUGGUUGACCCGCAUGCCUAUAAGCAGGCGCUAUGGAACUGCCCUAGCGAGUAUCGGGUGGAAGGCAUCCAAAGCACUCCGUCUCCAGUUCUCACAGUGCGCUCCAAUCGCCAGGACAUCUCGGACGAUUUGGCGUUCUACACCUCGGACACUUUCCGCUCGUCGUCCGAUGAACUGGAGACUGGCCAGAGUGACAGACCAGGUCUGCAACCUGGUAUGUAUGUGCAGGAAUCGGAGAGCGAGGUCUAUUACGACAGCGAUAUGAGCUUGGAAGUGCUAUUGGCGAAGUACCUCCUGCUUCGAAAGCGGAGCGAUUGCGAGGCCAGCGUGCUGAAGACGCUGAAGCACCUGAUCUGUGGCCGACUGAACAAGGAGCGCCUGUACUUGUGGCACAGGUCCGGCAGUAAAUCGUCCGAGAAGCCGUCAGAAAUGUAUGGCGGAAAUGUGAUGUUGCAGACGCUCCACCGCGUCCUGCAAACGUUCGACGUGACCGGCUCCGCCAGCCUGGAUACUGUGGAAGAUGCAGCAUCAACCACAGGUCGCAAGGACGACGGAAGGGAUACUAGCGUCUACACCUACUCCAGCAUAUCAGUGUCGAGUUAUCGCAGCAUCAACGAGAGCAUGUUCGUGCCUGUCAACGAUAGGGAGGUGGAGCAGUCGUGGAUCCUCGACCUCCACAAGACUUUCGUCGAGAUAUACGGCGUCCUGACUGUCGAAGACGAAAACCGUUCGGAAGUGUUACCGGACGAUAGUGAUCAGCUGUAUUGCGAAUUGAUCGGUGAUACCCUUUCGAUGUACCCCCUGCGUGACAUGACGGUGACUUCCGCUGACAUGUUCGAGAGCAGGCCGAUAAUAGUCAUGCGCAUCGACGAUUCGUUUACGUGCACCCCUGUUACCGCCAACAGGUCGGGUAAAUAUACGAUAAGGAUCAACACGCGGCAAUACAGGAUGAGGGGCAGGCGACCGUCAGAUGACGAAGAGGGUCUGUUUCUGAAAUUGAGUUCAGGCCAGUACGAUAUAAUGCGGUGGUUUAUUGCACUCUCCACACGGCCGAAAGUCAGCUCGUUCCUGUACUUGCUCGAGAACCGGCAUCAAAUGCAUCUCUACAACAUCAAUUUGUACUUCAUAUUGUACCCCAACUGCCGUGAGGUCGAUUUCUCGUACCUGAUGUUCGAUGCGGAUCUGGAACGGGAUGUCGUCAAGAGCUACGUGCGGCCUCCAAUUCGCCGGCUCAUCAUGGCCCAUCGCAGCCUGAGUGACGCUGAUCUGCCUGACCUCUGCUCAACCUGGGGUUUCGAAAUCGACACUCUGGACCUAUCGCACAAUUCUUUAGAGCUUCGCGAAUGCGGAAGCCAAUUUGUAAACUACCUGAAGAAGGCACGCGUGCGGCGGCUAUUCCUGGACGGCAACCCGAUCUCUGCGCAGGCUAUAGAGGCUCUGUCUACGCUGUUCAUAGGUUCAAACUUGAGACACCUGAGUUUUCGAGGGUGCGCACUCGACGAUUGUAUAGUCCCUGUGCUUCGGCGUUCGAACAAUGCCAUGACUAUUAAGGACAGAUUAACUGUGGAUGCUCGUGCCGUAACCGGUUCGGAGUCAACGCAGCAUUUUCUGAAGUCAUACCCGCUCAAGCGCAUCAAGGUUGCAACGGCGGACCAGCACCUGCCUCACCCGGAGUUGGACGUUGAGACCUUCAUGGACUGCCACACUGUUGAACAGAUAGGCAGGCUCGGCAUUCUGUUCUCCGGAAGAUUGCUGGCUGCGAAACCGAGAGAAGUUAAGUUCCGUUUUUGUGGCCUCUGCAGACCCCGCAACGUGAGCUACACCUUCGGCAGCGACUACUGCUUCUUCGAAUUCCGGCCGCCGUAUCUGAUCCUCCGCGACGUAGAGGAAAACAGCUCCAAAGGCGCGCGGGGCUCUAAGGCUCCGUCCAAACCCGCCAUCUACUACGUGGCUGGGUGUGAUAUCGCCCUGAUGAACAACCUGCGGUGGCUUCAGUUGAAGCUUAACACUCCGAGGGCGAUCAGUUUGUGGCGCAAAUCAGACUUGAAUGGGGAUACAAAGGACGAUAAUGGCGCAAAUGAUGACAGUAACAAGAGAGGCGGACGGCGCAUUUUGGUACGUGCGUACACCGAUGCGUCAACACGCCGCUGGUUCGAGUUGAUGAACCGACACAUGGCAGGGACCCAUUAUGUGCGAUACGUGCGGAAGCACCCUAAGGCGGUGUUGUCUCGCCACAUCCUUUCCUUCUGCCGGCGUCCCGAUGCUUCGCACCUGGUGCUGUACGACCUCCCAUACGACCGCACGCUGUGGUCGGCAUUUUUCCGCGGUAUCAACUCCCUAUCAUGUGUGCGCGUAUUGGACUUCUCCAACAAGAAAUUGACAGUUGAGAAUAUGGACUACCCAGAUCUGCUGUAUGGUGACCUGCACCUGCACCGUUUGGAUUUCUCGUUCAACCGCCUGGAUUUGCGCAACGCUGAGCGCACUGUUUUUAACGGGAUCCUUCCACCGGUAAGCGUUGAGGUCUACAACGUGAGCUACAAUCCGCUUGGAGACUGCGAUCUAUCCGCCGACCUCUUUGUUAGCGCAUGCGUACGCGCCAACGCAGUCAAGGUGUGCUUCAACUACUGCUCCCUGAGUGACCGUUUUCUGGAUACCGUUGUGAAGCUUCUGGAGAAUAUCCGGGUGCCGGAGGACGACUCACGUCUGGAGGUGGUAGAACUGGAGGGGAACAGCUUUACUUCGCAUCACCUACAAGCGUUCGUGGAACAGAUGCUCCUGAGCUUGCCAUCGCUGGACGCCAUCCGGUUGCACGGAUCAGUGACCUCAAAUGAACUACCUGAUUCGAUCUUUAACGAUAAAGACCUGAUGACGUUUGAGCGAUUUUCCCCGACGGAACCACAGUUUGGAAGAUUCAUACGCAAGACAUACGUCCUGAAGCCUAAGAAGACCACUCGGGAGUCUGUUGCGCAACUUUUGAAGGAGCGCAUGGGAAGCGGAGAGACGCCCGAAAACACGCAGAAAUGA